AUGGACUUCUUACUCCAUCUAGCGCUUUUGGCGCUCUACGCUGGGCAUUUUUUUACAAUUAUCAGCCAUCCAAGCCAUCCAGUUCAACCAAUUAAUCCAAUAUUUAUUCCUCCAACAAUUCAGCCAACACCAAUUCCAAUACCUCCUAGUGAGCCCGAUCCACCAAUAAGUGUUUUACCGCCUCCACAACCUCCAGUUUAUCCAGAUGUUCAACUUCCUAUUGAUUACACAAAUGUUUGUGGAUUUGGCAUCAGUAUUACGCACUGUAUUCAACUGCUAUACCCUCCUGCUGAAAAGAUCAUCGUCAAUCCUCCUCCCGUCGUCGAGCCUCCUCCCGUCGUCGAUCCUCCUCCCGCCGUCGAGCCUCCUCCCGCCGUCGAGCCUCCUCCCGCCGUCGAGCCUCCUCCCGUCGUCGAGCCUCCUCCCGCCGUCGAGCCUCCUCCCGUCGUCGUUCCUCCUCCCGUCGUCAUUCCUCCUCCCGUCAUCGUUCCUCCUCCCUUCGUUCCUCCUCCCGUCGUCGUUCCUCCUCCCGUCGUUCCUCCUCCCGUCGUCGUUCCUCCUCCCGUCGUCUUUCCUCCUCCCUUCGUUCCUCCUCCCGUCGUCGUUCCUCCUCCCAUCAUUCCAACCGUCAUCUAUCCCCCCACCGAUGUCGUUCCUCCCAGUGUAGUCGAUCCUCCCGUCAACCCCCCUGUCCCACCGAACGCCAUCGAAAUUCAUGAACGUGAGCUCACACCGGUUGACAUUGUAGAAGAUGCCACGUUGACAACGAUAACGAUGAUCUCGAAAUAUGGAUAUCCAGCAGAAACGCAUUAUGUAACCACACACGACAGUUAUAUAUUGUGCUUGCAUCGGAUACCUCGCGUGGGUGCUCCACCGAUCCUGCUAGUCCAUGGCCUUAUGUCCAGUUCGGCGAUUUGGGUGGAAAUGGGCCCAUCACAAGGUUUAGCCUACAAACUGUACCAGCAAGGCUAUGACGUCUGGAUGCUGAAUACACGUGGCAAUAUUUACUCGAGGGAUCACAAGAAUGUCAACAUUAAGCCGUCAGAGUAUUGGGACUUCUCGUUCCAUGAAAUUGGCGUUUACGAUUUGCCAGCGGCAAUUGAUAUGAUCAUCUCAACGACGUCGCAGCCAAAGAUCCAAUACAUUGGACAUUCGCAGGGCAGCACAGCGUUCUUUGUGCUGUGCAGUGAGUUGCCGCACUAUAAUGAUAAAAUUGCUCUCAUGCAGGCGUUGUCGCCAACGGUUUACGUGCAGAACACCAAGAGUCCCGUGCUUAAGUUUUUGAGUCUCUUCAAGGGCAAAUAUGGCGUACUACUCAAUUUGAUGGGUGGUCUGGAGAUCCAGAAGGACAACACUUUGAUACAACAGUUCCGUAACCACAUCUGCGCAGCAGAUUCGGGCAGCGACAUCUGCAAGGUCUUUGAGUUUGUACUGUGCGGCUUUGGCUGGACAGAGUUCAACCCGAACAUGACCAACGUGGUUGUAGGACACACCGGUCAGGGCGCCUCAAGUGUUCAGGUCUAUCAUUAUGCAUACAUGAUGAAUUCCCAACAAUUCACUCGCUUUAACAAGGCGGCCCUUCAUAAUCAAGUCACCUACCAAGCACCCGCCUACAAUCUGACUAGAGUUUCAUGUAAGGUGGCAUUGCAUUAUUCCGAGGACGAUUGGCUCGCUGGCAAACAGGACGUUCAACUGCUGAGACAAAGAAUACCGAACUGUAUCGACAAUGCGUACAUUCUCCAGCGAGGUUUCAGCCAUUAUGACUACAUGAUCUCACGGAAUGUGAAUCGCCUCGUUUAUGGUCGUGUCCUUAACAAUUGCCAUGCAAAUAAGUAUGUUGUUCCUUUGAACCAGUUUACGAGUCCCUCUGGAUCAUAUUACCAAUAUGGAAAGUAGUUCUACUAAAAACUAAAAAAUUUUAUGGUGUCGGGUUUUGAUUUUUAUUUUUGUAAAUGCUUAAUAUAUUUUUAAUAAACUGGUUAUGGUCUUACAUUGUA